ACGCCCCGUGCCCCGCCAGUUACGCCCAGCGGGUCUCUCUCCGAAGCGGCCCGGGACUUGCGUUUGCGUCCGGCCUGAGACCACCGUUUCCCUACGUCUCACCAGGGCUAUGGCCUCAUGCGACGAGGUGCGGCAGCUGGACUGUACAUGGAAUCUUCCAGAUGUAAAAAAGAACAUACCCGUUCCUUGACUAUGUGUGGCCAUGUUGGUUUCGAAAGUUUACCUGAUCAGCUGGUCGAUAGAUCCAUUGAGCAAGGCUUCUGUUUUAAUAUUCUCUGUGUGGGGGAGACUGGAAUUGGAAAAUCAACACUGAUUAACACAUUGUUUAAUACCAAUUUUGAAGAACUUGAAUCCUCACACUUUUGUCCAUGUGUUAGACUUAGAGCUCAGACGUAUGAACUCCAGGAAAGCAAUGUUCGCUUGAAACUGACCAUUGUAAAUACAGUGGGCUUUGGUGACCAAAUAAAUAAAGAAGAGAGCUAUCAACCAAUAGUUGAUUACAUAGAUAAUCAAUUUGAGGCCUAUCUCCAAGAAGAACUGAAGAUCAAGCGUGCACUUUUUAACUACCAUGACUCUCGUAUCCACGUGUGCCUCUACUUCAUUGCUCCGACAGGCCAUUCUCUGAGGACACUUGACCUCUUAACCAUGAAGAGCCUGGACAACAAGGUGAACAUUAUACCACUUAUUGCCAAGGCAGAUACAAUUUCUAAAAGUGAGCUCCAGAAGUUUAAGAUGAAGCUCAUGAGUGAACUGGUCAUCAAUGGUGUUCAGAUAUAUCAGUUUCCAACGGAUGACGACACAACUGCCAAGAUCAACGGAGCGAUGAAUGGACAUUUACCAUUUGCUGUUGUUGGAAGUAUGGAUGAGAUAAAAGUUGGAAAUAAGAUGGUCAAGGCUCGCCAGUACCCUUGGGGUAUUGUACAAGUGGAAAAUGAAAAUCACUGUGACUUUGUAAAGCUGCGGGAAAUGCUUAUUUGCACAAACAUGGAGGAUCUGCGGGAACAGACGCAUAUGAGGCACUAUGAGCUGUACAGGCGCUGCAAACUGCAGGAGAUGGGCUUUAUAGAUAUAGGCCCAGAGAACAAGCCCCUCAGUCUUCAAGAGACUUACGAAGCUAAAAGACACGAAUUCUGUGGUGAACGUCAGAGGAAGGAGGAACAGAUGAAGCAGAUGUUUGUACAGCGAGUAAAGGAAAAAGAAGCCAUAUUGAAAGAAGCUGAAAGAGAGCUUCAGGCCAAAUUUGAGCACCUUAAAAGAAUUCACCAGGAAGAGAGGAUGAAACUUGAAGAAAAAAGAAGAAUGUUGGAGGAAGAAUCAGUUGCUUUCGCUAAGAAGAAAGCUACCUGUGAGCUGUUCCCACACCAGUCAUUUUUGGCCUCAGGUAGCAGCAUUAGGAGAGACAAAGACCGAAAGAACUCCAAUUUUAUGUAACACAAGAGUUCCAGAGCACAGAUGGUCAUCACAGUCAAAAGCUAUUUGUAUGCAUUGAGUUUUUGCUCUUUUUGCUUUAUCAGUAACUCAAUUAUUAUAGCAAAGGGCUAAAGUUAUUCACAUUUGUAGAAAGUAUUUUUCUGUAUAAGGCUGAUCCGCUAGCCAGAGUGCCUAUUUCCCCCAUAUAUACCAUGGUUAGGAACCUGUAAGUUCCUGUUCUGCUGUAGAUCUUGGUCUACUUUCCUGCUGCCGGAGGCUGUUUUACUGAGUGCUACUCUAAGUAGCAAAGGUUUAUUGCCAUUGAAACACUACGAAACUCCUUCAUAUUAUGAAUCUCUGACUGCCAUUUUAUUUAGCAUGAACCUAUUAUUUUGCCGUAUACUAAACAUAAAACACUGGAGGCAUGUACUUUAGAAUGUAUUACAGAGUUAAAGCUAACUUUAAACUGUGUAACCCUUUUAUGCUUCAAUGUGCCUUGUUUUGCUGUGCUAUAGAAAAAUAUGCUUAGAAAUUAAAACAUACAUUUGAAGCUUGGUUAUGAUAUUAUUUUCAUAAGAUAUCAUAAAUAUUUUUUAAAAAUUUGCCUUUCAAGAACUAAGAAAAUUGAAAAAAAUUAAAGUUGAAAUUUUUUUUUAGAGCAUCUGAAUCUUGACUAUAUUAAAAACUUGAUACUUUGUAUUUCAGGAGAUAUUUGCAUUCAGUGCCUUAAUCGUCCUAGAGCAUUUUAAUGUUUUAUCUUUUCUAAUGGUUAUAAGUAUAUAUGUUUUCAUACUUUUGUAUUUGAAUAUUCUGAUUCUGAAUAAAAUUGAUACUCUUGACCAA